AUCAAGAAGGAAUAGUACCUUUACAACAACAUAGAACAAACCUAAAAUCACAAAACCUAAAAAAAGCAACCUAGUCGACGGCGACAGGAGAAGAGAACUCAGAUCUUUGUCAUGGCACCAAAGGACAAGAUCGAGAACCCUCCUGCUGCCUCUUCCAGCGAAGAAGAAGAAGAAGAAGAGUCUGGCUCCUCUGUAGAAGCAUCCGGAUCUUCUUCCGAUGACGAAGCUGGCGAUGUCCAGUCCAAGCUCACUCAGAAACCUCCCGCCGCUUCUACAAAGAAGAAACCCGAAUCCGAUUCCGAAGAAGACGAAUCCGAAUCCGAUUCAGAUUCCGAGCCCCCGACCAAGACCAAACCUCUCAACGCUGUCGUGACCUCCGGAUCUGUCGCCGCGUCGAGCUCUACAGCGAAACGUUCUCUAAAGCAAGCGGACGAUGAGGAGCCUAAGAAGAAGAAGGUGAAGGCAUCUGCAACAGAGCAUCCCAAGAAGAAGGACGAAGAGGUUAAGAAGAUCUCCGGAGAAGACGCGAAGAAGAUGUUUCAGAGACUGUUCAGCGAGACUGACGAAAUCGCGAUGCUUCAAGGCUUUCUUGAUUUUACUUCCACUAGAGGAGACCCUUACGAGAACAUGGACGCGUUUUGUGAUUACGUCAAGAAGCUGAUUGAUUUCAACGCCUCUAAGGCUCAGAUCGUUACGAAGCUUCAACGGUGUAAGAAGAAGUUUGUUAAUAUAGUGAAGAACGCGCUUAAGAAAGGAAGGACUGAAGAUAAGGUCACGUGUUCUAAGGAUCUUGACCAGAAGGCUUUCGAGUUGUCGAGGAAGAUUUGGGGAGCUAAUGGUGUUCUUCCUGCUAAACCGAGGAAGAAGUCUAAUGAUGUUGUAAAGUCACCUCCUUCGCCUUCGCACACGCCCAAGAAAGAAGUGGAGAAACGAAAGGGGAGUGUUGUUGUGGAUGCUCAUCUCUCGUCUAGUAGAGAGAUGGCCUUGUUCUUCAAGGCGGAGAAUGUGAGUGUUUUUGGUUUGGAUGAGUCCACGGUGAGUGCGGUUUGGGAUAUGGUUGAGGACGGACCGAAGAAGAGGGAGAUGGAGGAGAAGCUGAAGAAGCUUAAGGAUAUGCAGGUGGAGCUCUGUUUGCAGAGAACUGCACUCUUGGACACUACUGCAAAGAUGAUAUUCAAAGACUAUGCCUCGUCCUCGUCUUCAUGAUGAGUUAUAUUGAUGGUUUGUUCUUUUUCACUCUUUUUAGUAUAUGCAUAGCUUGUGGAACUAAUGCUAUCGUAAGUGUUAGUCAAUAUUUUUCUUUUAUGCCCUUAUGUUGUUUGGAUGCUUGGUUUGGGUAUAAAUUCCCUUAUGUGGAAUGAAUAUUUGUUCCUCCUGUUGUAUGUUUUUGUGCUAAUAGUUCAUUUUCUAAGCAA